AUGGCCUCUUCGCCGAUCGCCAAGAAGCAGAAGCUGCGUACGCAUGUCACGCCCAGGAUCCCGAUGACGGUAGAGAUCUGCGAUGGGCCCGAGGACGAGGCCAUGCAUCCGGACACGGUCCCGAAGCUCCGGGAGCUCGUCCGCAGCUGCCACGCGACCAACCAGCACCGCAGCGCGGUCUUUUUCGCCGGGAAGCUGGCGACGAUGACACGAGACCCCGCCGACUGCAUGCUUUUGGCGCAAAGCUACUACGCAACGGGCGACUUUCACGAAGCCAUCCACUCGCUGCAAGGUCUUGUGGGGCAGCUGGACGCGGGCUCGCCGCGCGCCAAGCCAUCGCGCUCGCCAGCCCACCGAACCAUGUCGUUCUCGGACACGUCCAUCUUGCAUACGACCAUGGACUAUGACGAAGAGAUCGUACUGCGCGCGUACCUGCUCUUGGGGCAAUCGAUGGCUGCCGUCAAGCAGUGGGAAGACUGCCAAGAAAUGCUCGAGGGCGUCCUCGGCGACGAAGAAACCACGAUCUUGCGCAAGGCCGGAAGCCUCGCCUUUCCCGAGACGACGCAGAUCAACGUCGUCGCCUCCAUGUGCUGUCUCCGCGGCGAAGUGUGCGAAGCGCUCGAGAGUCGCGAGCGGGCAAGUUACUGGUACCGCCUCGCGCUGCAGUGCGACGUUCACUGCGCCGACGCGUUCACACACCUCGUUGAAAAGCACAUGCUAUCGUCGUCGCAGGAGCGCCGCAUGCUUGAUGCCCUCCACUUUCGCCUGCCCCAUGAUGCGUACCUCAAGGCGCUCUACACCGCGCAGCUGGGCCGAUACGACCACGCGCCUGCGAUCGCAGACAAGUUCCGUCCGUUGGAAGAGGUCUUUGGGCUCGCAGACAACGUUGACGUCGUCGUCGCCAAGGCCGAAGCGUACUUUUACCAGCACAACACGGAGAAGGCCUACCAGCUCUGCAAAUGGGUCCGCGAGCGCGACCCGUUCCACUACCAGUGCAUCGCCGUGUUCGUUGCGACGCUCGUGCAGCUCGAGCGCAAGAGCGAGCUCUUCCACUUUGCCCACCAAAUGGUCGACUCCCCUAGUGUCGACAUGUCGUGGUACACCGUUGGCUGCUACUACGUACUCGUCAAGAAAUUCGACACAGCCCAACGCUACUUUCACAAAGCCACGAACCUCGAGCCGCAGUUUGCGCCGGCGUGGAUCGGGUUUGGCAACGUCUUUGCCAUGCAGGACGAGAGCGACCAAGCCAUGUCGUCGUACCGCACGGCGACGCGCCUCCUGCUCGGGUGCCACGUGCCCCUGCUCUGCAUUGGCAUGGAGCACUAUCGCACCAACAACCUUGCGCUGGCGUCCCAUUUUGUGCACCAGGCGUGCGACGCGUGUCCGUCCGACCCGCUCGUGUACAACGAGCUCGGUGCGAUUUGCUUUCGACAGCGCGAGUACAAGGACGCGGUUGGCCACUUUACAAAAGCCAUUGCGCUCUGCCAACACUUUUCCCAGACGCGCCUUGUCGCAUGGGAAGCCACGUUCUUUAACCUCGCCCAAGCCUACCGCAAGCUCGAACAAUACGACGCGGCGAUUGCAAACUACGAGCGCGCACUGAGCUUGUGUCCGCGAAAAGCGUCGACGCACUUUGCACUUGGGUUUACGUACCACUUGGGCGGCCGCUUGGACGAAGCCAUCCAGUGCUACCACACGGCCUUGAGUUAUGACCCCGAAGACCCGAUCGCGAUUCAGACGCUUGACGAUGCGCUCCAAGAUUUGUUUGCAAGCGCCGACUUGAACCAACCGGCGCCAAACGACGUCAAAGAGACAAGCGCUUUGAUCCAGGAGAACGACGUUAGCAUUAGCAUGGACAUUUCAACCGAGAGUAUGGACCUCUAA